CACCUCUUUCCGAAAUUGGGUUUAGGGUGAGUCCAGAAAUCGGUGCUUCGGAGAGUUCCCAGGUGGUUACUCGCCUAGGGAGGUUGAAGCUUCUUGUUUCGGAAGGUUUCCUAGUUCGGGUGCCAGAACUUUCUCAUUGACUUCUGGUGACGUCUUGCCUUCAAGACUAUGAGGAAGUUGAUUGCGAUUGUUUAGAAAACUGUGGUUGUGGCCCACAUUUUCAAUUCAUUUCAGUGCACACAUUGCGAGUGGUUGGUUUGUCUGCGGAAGCAUCAACUGAAUUAACAGAAUUGUGGAGCGUUGGGUAAGAUUUGAGGGCAAAGACGAUUAUAGAUUGGUGAUUGCAACUGGAGUUUUGAAUACAGGAUCGUGCAACUUGGUGUUAGUUUUAAAGUUUAAAAGAUAUAGAUUUUGCGCCGCGACCAUGGUACAGAAGGACUGGAGCUCGAGAGGAACGCUGGACAUCGGGACAGAUACCCUGCACUGCCAAGGCCUGGGGAGAGAUAAGCAGCAGCAUGCAAUGAUGAAAGAGGAGAGUACUGCGAGUCCGAGGUAUAAAGGAGUUCGCAAGCGGCAAUGGGGAAAAUGGGUUUCUGAGAUUAGGGAGCCGAGGAAGAGGUCCAGGAUUUGGUUGGGGUCGUUUCCUACUGCGGAGAUGGCAGCGCGGGCGUACGAUGCUGCCGUGGUUUGUUUGAGAGGACCCUCUGCUGCAUUGAACUUUCCUGAUUCGCCUCCUCUAUCUCUUCCUGAGUGUCAUACUCCAAGAGAAAUUCAGGUGGUCGCUGCUGCAGCUGCCACGGCCGCAGAGUCUUGCACUCCACUGAAUUUUCAGGUGAAGGAAGAGGCGCAAUCACUCGGUUUUCAACUGAGUAUUAGGAACGAGACAAAUGUUUCACCCAGGUCGCAUCUUAGACCGGUGGAGUCGGAGAAUUCUAGCACCUCGGAAGGGAGAUCGCGGAAAAUUGACCUGAGUUCUAAAGAUGAACACGACGAGGAGCUUGAUUAUACAGGAGAGUCUUGUCCUCCUCUGCUCACUGCGGAUGACUAUUACGUUAGUUUGGACGACGUUGAAUUGGCUUGGGACAACAUGAAGGUCGAUGAUCUUAAUUUUCUCGAUUUGCCUCCACUGGAGGAUUUUUUUGAGGACGGACCGCGGAAGCUGACGAAGACCAACUCUGGACGUCAGAGUCUUGUGCAAUAUUGUCGCCAAUUCUCAAGCAACUAUGAGCGUGUAGAUAGCAUGCACUUAGUAUGCGAUGUGUUCACGAUGUGAUGAGAAAAUGUAUGUUCACGUCGGAAUCUGAAUGAGAUCGAGUGAUGACAUUGUGGAUACUCUUCGAUCAGAACCCACUUUUGGAAUCAUUUCUCCAGGGGUGCAGACUGCUGAGACAAUCACACACAACAAAGUCACUUCGUACCCUGAUGUGGACAUGUAACUCAAUCAACUGGCUCAGCUGUCUGUCGUCACGGCAGUGUACAGGAGAUGAAUUUUGCACACGAGGAUAAAAUCUUUACGAUUUCUACUUUUAAUUGAUUUUUUACACACACAUUCAACCACUUUAGUGCGAGGUGGAUCGUUGACAGUGAAAAUUUUCAGGCACAUUUAGGCACCUUGUGUGCAUUGCCCUCAUUCAAGUCGGUCGAAGAAAGCUUUCUUCGAUGUUUUGUGUACUAUUUGAAAAGGAUGACAAUCAUAAAAACCUUGAAGCUAAUACAAAUCUGUGACGGCAUCUUCAGGUUGAUGCAAUUGCAUAUG